AUGGAGAGGGCAGAGGUCGUCUGUAUAAAAGGACGUGCUGGCGGGAGUAGAGAGCGGAUUUAUUUGACACAAGCAAGUAAAAGAAAAGGCAUUGAUAUGCAUGUUUCCGCUCUGGUGAAUGAUACAAUUGGAACAUUAGCAAGAGGUAGAUACAACAACAACGACGUUGCCAUUGCUGUAAUUAUGGGUACUGGUACAAAUGCAGCUUAUGUUGAACAAGCCCAGGGUAUACCAAGAUGGCACGGCCCGCCCCCUAAAUCAGGAGAGAUGGUCAUAAACAUGGAGUGGGGUAACCUCAACUCGUCACAUCUUCCGUUGACGGAGUAUGAUACUGCAUUGGAUAUAGAAAGCUUAAACCCAGGUCAACAGAUGUAUGAAAAAAUGAUUUCGGGGAUGUACCUGGGAGAAAUUCUUCGUAGAGUUUUGCUUAGGAUGGCCGAUGAGGCUGCUCCUUUUGGUGACACAAUCCCCCCCCCCCAAACUAAAAACUCCAUUUGUGUUGAGGUACUAUUCCAUGUUAAACCGUUUAAUUUGAAUAUCCAAAACGAAAGUGCAAUGCAUCACGACACAUCCAAGGAUCUUAGAGUGGUCAGACACAAACUAAAAGACAUUUUAGAGAUAUCUAACACAUCUUUGAAGACACGAAUGCUCAUAGUCAAGUUUUGCAAUGUCAUUGCCAAGCGAGGGGCCCGUCUUGCUGCGGCUGAGAUUUUGUGGGUUUUGGGUAUUAGCGAAGAAUCACUAGUCUCCGUUCAGAUGCUUACUGCUCACCGGUGGGUAGUAGACGGUGGUCUUAGGUGGGGCUGUGGAUGUUCAACGUGA